AUGACAAAGAGAGGGAGAAAGAACACUAAGAUAUUCAAUGAUUACAAAGAGGAGCCACGGGAUUCCUUGAAUCGUCUUCCUAAUGAGGUUUUGAUAAUCGUUCUCUCUAUUCUUCCAAUUGAUGAUGCUGUAAGAAGCAGCGUCCUUUCGAAGAGAUGGAGGUCUUUGUGGAAGCAUGUUUCGCACUUUGAUCUUGAUGUGGAGCAUAUGCUACAACCCCUUACAAUGCUUAGCAUUCCACCGCAUGCUCUUUCAAAUUUCAUUGUGAAUUUGAACGCCGGAAGAGGACUUCUAAAGUAUAGUGGGGUGUUCUUAUCAAUCAUUGGACGGCACCUUGGUAAUUUGACCAGUUGUCGCAUCCAACACUUUCCUGAUAUGGAAUUGACAAGAUGGUUAGAGUUUCUGUCUGAGAAAAAGAGAGGGUUAAAAGAUUUGAUUAUUUCUUGCGAGCCAAUUUUUGUGAUUUUGAAACAAACUUUUCCAUUACAUGUUUUGCCUUUAUUUUCCUCUCUUAGGUCACUUGAGUUGAGAUGUUACUCUCUUGAAAGUCCACCAACAUUUGAAGUUUGCAAUGAUUUGAAAACCUUGAAACUAAAUGACAUACAUAUGAGGGAAGGAGCUCUUAAUGCAAUUUUGAAAAGUUGCGCGUCUUUGGAAAAUCUGACUAUUUUAAACUCAUUUGGUUUCAGAAAAAUCGAGAUUCAAAAUCCAAAUCUUAAAUUUUUGGAGCUCAAUCUUUUGCGUCUGCAUCGUAUAGAAAUUUUUACCAUGAGUCUUGAAGUUUUAACAUUAAUUUCUAUUGCUUGUCUUGCAAAGAAUCUGGCAAUUGUGGCACCAAAUCUUAAGGUGCUCCAUUGUCACGACAAUCGACAAAAUCCAAUAUCAAAUGUACUGAAUACACAAGAGCUUUUGGAGCACCAUAGUGGUUUUUGGGAUUUCACAAAGGGCAGCGUCUUCCAAAAUCUUUCAUCGUUAUCAGUUGAUCUGGAUUUGAACAAUGUAAGAGAGUGCCUUAUACUUUCACACAUUUUGAGAUCAAGUGCUGACCUACAAACUCUCAAAAUUUAUAUCCCAGUUAACCCAAUUGAGGAAGAACGCAUAAUUCCUAGGUCUUUUGCUGGUUCUUCACAUUAUUCUCAUUUAAGCUUUUGGGGAGGAAGGGCAAGUUGCAAUAGUGUUCGUCACAAAUUAAAGUUUGUAUACAUAGAGGGAUUCUCUGGCAUGGAAUUAGAAGUAGAUUUUAUCAAGCACUUUAUCACAAGAUCCACCAACAUGAAAAUAAUUACCAUUGUCUACAAUAUCUCAAGGGAAGAUGUGUUUUAUGAGUUGCUAUCAUUGCCAUGUGCUUCAUCUAACCUCACUAUCAAGUUGAAGGCCGCAGAAGAAAUCCUUUAA